AUGCCUUCGGGUCGUGGGUCCUUUGAUGCCACCCUCGCGGGUCUGGUCCUCCUUUCCUGGUCUGUUGCCUUCAAGCUCCUGACGACCGACGCUAGAAAUGUUUCCUAUGAAGCGGGAGAAGAGCAGAGGGUCUGGGCUGAGGAAGGGGGCCCCGCCAUCCUUCCCUGUCACCUGAACCCUCAGACGCUGGAGAGCAACUUAGGAGAGGUGUACAAGAGGCUGUCGGUUCGAUGGAAGCGGCGGGGGAGCAGGUCCCCCCAGGUGCACCACAUGGUGCUCGAAGUGGCGCCCAGCGGCCUCAAGACGCGGGCCCGUUCCAUGAUGCCCCGAGCGUCGGUGCAGGACACGGACUUCCUCCGCGGGAAUUUCUCGCUGCAGAUCCGGCCCACAUCACGCGACGAUGCAGGGAGAUAUUGGGCACGGGUGGAAUACGGCAGCCAGGUGCACUGUUGUGCACUGAAACUUGAAGUGGUGUCAGCAACUGCAAACCCUCCUGGUCCAGUGGUUGAGUCUGAGCCUGUUAAGCUAACCUGUAACUCCACGCUUCCGGAAAAGCCCAAAAAGAUCCAGUGGUUCCAUGACAGUCAGCUUAUCACCACAUCUGGUCGUUUCCAGCCUGUGGACCAAACUCUGUUCAUCUCCAGAUCAAUGGGCAGCGACUCCGGACCCUGGGUCUGUGAGCUGACCUAUGCAGGUGGUGAAAGAGUUUCUGUCACACACCACCUUCAAGUCUUAGGAUUUCCUGUGCCAGCCCAUCCUGUAGUCUAUGCCGCAGCAGGAUCCGACGUUCACCUGCCCUGCAUAUUGAAUUUCAAUCCCUUGGACUACGUCAACUCACAGGUAGCCGUCUGUUGGAGCCACGUGGCCGGGGAUGACCAGAAGGCCAAGUCCAACCAGCAUCAAGAAAACAAUAGGAAUAUUACCUUAUAUCUCCCUGCUGUGGGGCCUGAUAGUGCUGGCCAGUAUCUCUGUGCGGUCUCCAUCAAUGGCACAACCAUCUCUAAGACUGUCACUCUGAUAGUAAUGACAGUCAUCCCAAGCAUCGAGGGGCCCAUCCUGGAAGGAUCUCGCUUGCUGCUCACCUGCAGUCCAAGCCAACCCCCAGGAAAGGUGCAUUUUCAAUGGAAGUUGUUGGGGUCAGAGCCUGCAAAUAGUUCCAAGGCUGUCUCCAGGAGUUCUGAGCGCUCGACCAUGGGCUGGAUCCGGGAGUUCUCCAAGGUGUCAGCUGAGGACGCCGGGACCUGGGAAUGCAGCAUCCACAGCCCAGAAGGGAGGCUGGGCUCUGUGCAGUAUCACCUGGAAAUUGCAGGUGCCCAAGUUGCUAGUCCACAGCAAAACUUGGUGCCAGGGCAGAUAACGUCUGGACUGGUGACCUUCCUCUUGGUCCUGGUGGUCGCCAUAGCAGUUCUGACCCUCUUGACACGAAGGACACCCUCGCUGAACUUCCCAGCACUGGAUAGACUGGUAGCAGCUGCCCUUCCGGGAAAAGAGGUCAAGGACGCUGUCCACGAAGAGAAGGUCCUGCAGAUGGAACCGUGA